AGACCCCCCUAGAGACCUGCUCUGCAGUUUUACUCUCUCUCUUUCUCUCUCUCUCGUGAAUUCAUUUCGCUUGGAUCUCAGGUGGUGCAGUGUAAUUGAAGUGCAGCCAUGGAUGAAGAAUACGAUGUAAUAGUUCUUGGAACAGGUCUGAAGGAAUGCAUUCUGAGUGGCAUCCUCUCUGUCAAUGGCCUCAAAGUAUUGCAUAUGGAUAGAAACGACUACUAUGGAGGGGAAUCAACCUCUCUUAAUCUCAACCAGCUUUGGAAGCGAUUCAGGGGUGAUGACAAGCCUCCAGAAAAUUUGGGUUCAAGCAAAGACUAUAAUAUUGAUAUGAUCCCUAAGUUUAUGAUGGCCAAUGGUGCCUUGGUUCGGGUUCUCAUCCACACUAAUGUUACCAAAUACCUGAAUUUCAAGGCUGUGGAUGGUAGUUUUGUGUACAACAAAGGGAAGAUUCACAAAGUACCAGCUACUGACGUGGAAGCACUUAAAUCCCCACUAAUGGGACUAUUUGAAAAACGCCGUGCUCGGAAAUUCUUCAUUUAUGUGCAGGACUAUGAUGAAAAUGAUCCAAAAUCUCAUGAAAAAAUGGACCUCCGCAAAGUCACAGCAAGAGAAGUUAUUUCGAAGUAUGGACUUGAUGACAAUACGGUUGACUUUAUUGGACAUGCAUUGGCAAUGUAUACAGAUGACAAGUACUUGGAUAAGCCGGCUCUGGAUUUCAUAAAAAAAAUGAAGUUAUAUGCAGAGUCUUUAGCACGUUUUCAGGGAGGAUCUCCUUAUAUUUAUCCCCUUUACGGGCUAGGAGAACUACCUCAGGCAUUUGCUCGUCUGAGUGCUGUUUAUGGUGGUACCUACAUGCUCAACAAGCCAGAAUGCAAGGUAGAGUUUGAUGAAAAUGGAAAAGCUUUUGGUGUGACAUCAGAAGGAGAAACUGCAAAAUGCAAAAAAGUUGUAUGCGAUCCUUCAUAUUUGCCUGACAAGGUAGGAACAGUUGGUAAAGUUGCUCGUGCAAUAUGUAUAAUGAGUCAUCCCAUCCCAAACACCAGUGAUUCUCACUCAGUCCAGGUUAUUCUACCUCAGAAGCAACUUGGGCGUAAAUCAGAUAUGUAUUUGUUCUGCUGUUCUUAUUCGCACAAUGUAGCUCCAAAAGGGAAAUACAUUGCUUUCGUUACAACAGAAGCAGAGACUGAUAACCCUGAGAUGGAAUUGAAGCCUGGCAUAGAGCUCCUUGGCCAAGUAGAUGAGAUAUUUUUUGAUGCAUAUGACAGAUAUGAGCCAGCUAACAAGCAAGAUGAAGAUAAUUGUUUCAUAUCAACUAGUUAUGAUGCAACAACACACUUUGAAUCUACGGUUGAAGAUGUGAUUGCAAUGUACAGCCGGAUAACUGGAAAGAAUCUUGACCUAACAGUGGAUCUGAGUGCUGCAAGUGCUGCUGAUGAAGAAUGAAAUAUUGGGGCAUUUUAACAGUUGUUGCACAGAUCUUUGCAAGAGACUGAUUGCCUUAUUCAGUCAUCAGAAUCCUACCCUCCAGUUCUGUGCUGGAAGUUUAUUUGUUUCAACUCGAAUAAAUUAUUGGAUAUUUUCCUUCAUAAAUUUUUAUAGCUUUUGCAGAUUGUGUGGCCAAAAGGACCGGAAGAGAACGUGGUGUUUAUAAUUUUUAUCUUUAUUCCCUGCC